AUGCCGUCAACGUCGAAGUCGCAUAGGAGCUCGGCGGCGGAACAAGCGCCGGAUCUCAGCAUUACUGCCGACGAUGAGGUCCAUCUCCAUGCCGCUGGAUACAACGAGUCCUCCGAGCGUGAAGUUAUAAACAGCAUGGCGCGAUUCCGAUCCUCGCCCCUCGACUUCAUACGUGAGGUCUCUCUACAUGUCUCGGGUACAGGAUGGCGCUCCUAUGACGAUGUUAUUGGGCAACCAAUCUUCUAUAACGGGUUUUCCGAGAACAUGAAGUCCAUGGUGCUCAAAAAUCCCAUGCUGGUCAAGAAAGUACGCGAUCUUGCGGAUUGGAGAGUGCAGGUUGAGGCAAAAGAAGGACUGCUAGGCGAGGAGGUCAUGAAUGGCCAAGCUCGAGCUGGGAACAGCGACAAGAAGAGGAAGCGGCGGAUACAAAUUGAGGAGAGCCUCCUAGAGGUCUGUGAGACAAUGACGGAUAAUAUGAUAUGCAAGAUGGAAUCCAAACGCUUCAUUCGCGGCGCGUACUACCUCGCCACUCAACUCCUGACCCGCGCAUACCACCAGGGCGUACACGUUUCAAGUGAGGAAGUCCUCCGCCUCCGCGCUGUCGCCGCAAAAGCAGCAAAGGCCAAACAAGCAAUCAUCUUCCUCCCUUGUCACCGUUCGCACGUGGACUAUGUCUCCCUUCAGAUCAUAUGCUAUCGCCUUGGCCUGGCGCUCCCCACCGUUGUCGCGGGUGAUAAUCUGAACUUCCCUGUUGUUGGAGCGUUCCUCCAACAUGCGGGUGCUAUGUGGAUCCGGAGGAGUUUUGGAGACGACCAAUUAUACCAGACACUCGUCCAGGCCUAUAUAGACACGCUGCUGCAGAACGGGUUCAACUUAGAGUGCUUCGUCGAGGGAGGGCGAAGUCGGACGGGCAAGUUGUUGCCGCCCAAAUUUGGUAUAUUAAGUUAUAUGCUGGAUAGCAUCGCUAGUGGCAGGGUUGCGGAUGCGAUUAUCUGUCCGGUCUCGACGCAGUAUGACAAAGUCAUUGAGGUCGAGUCGUAUAUCAGUGAGCUGCUAGGUCAGCCCAAACCAAAAGAGAAUCUCAAAGACUUCCUCUCAUCGUCGUCUAUACUUUCAUUAAAGUUGGGUCGCGUUGACGUCCGCUUCCACGAGCCGUGGUCCCUAAGAAAGUUCAUCGAUGAGCAGCAGGGGCGCUUUAGCAGGCUUCCGCGGCAGCUCGAUUUUAAGGACCAGCGGGCACGGUUGCUGCGUACGCUUGGUUUCAAGGUUUUGAGCGACAUCAACGAUGUCUCCGUCGUGAUGCCAACUGCCCUUGUCGGUACUGUUCUACUGACAUUGAGAGGGCGAGGUGUAGGCAAGUCGGAAUUGAUUAGAAGGGUGGAGUGGUUGAGCGAGCGUGUUAGAGCGCAAGGAGGCAGAGUCGCUCAUUUCGCUGGUCUACCGACGAGCGUCGUCGUAGAGAGGGCUCUCGAGGUCCUGGGUCCUGGACUCGUUGGUCUGGUACCUGGACUACCUGAAGACACAUUUUACGCAGUGGAUAGAUUCCAGCUCUCCUUCUACCGUAAUAUGACCAUACACCUAUUUAUCCUCCAAUCUCUCGUCUCCGCCGCCCUCUACACCUCCGUGAAACAAGGUGGCUCCCCGUCUCAACAGCGCAUUUCUUUCACCGCUCUCCGCGACCAAGUAUCGUUCCUCUCGCAACUUUUCCGUGGCGAAUUCAUCUUCCCAACGGAAGGCCUUGAGCAAAACCUUUCCAAAACACUUGCCACACUCGAAAUGGAGAACAUUAUCAAAGUCACGCGAGAUCCCAAUAACAGCGAAAUCGUAGAGUGGGUAGAGCUUAGCGAUCAGGAAAGGGCGCAGGGCCGCGAGAACUUCGACUUCUACUGUUUCUUGAUUUGGCCGUUCAUUGAAGCGGCGUGGCUCGGUGCCAUUAGCUUACUCAUGUUGACGCCGCCAGUUGGCAGAAAAGCGGAGGACAGUUGGCUGCCGAUGAAGAAUGUACAGGACGUGGCGCAGGUCUUAGGAAAGACGCUAUAUCACCAGGGUGACCUUUCUUACUUUGAAGCCGUUAACAAAGAGACGUUGAAGAACACGUAUCAGAGAUUUGAGGAGGAUGGCAUGAUUCUCGUUGCCAAGUCUAAAGAUAAAAAGACGCCUGCUACGAUACGGUUGGCAGACGAAUGGCUUCCUUCGAGGGAUGCGAAGGGAUGCGUGAAGGCUGAGGGCCCCCUUUGGGCUUUUGCGGAGAGGAUCAGCAUUUCAAGAAGGGAGGGCAAGAAUCGGAGAGAUGGGGCGACUGUGCAGACGAGGGUGUUGAGUCUUGCUGAUAGGGUUGGGACUGAAUUGUGGGAGGGAGGCAACAUGACGGCGACGAGGGAUAAGGAGGCAGAAAGUGCAGCUGCGAAGGCGAAGAAGAGAAGGGGGAAGACGAAGUUGGCUGUUCCUGCGUCAAGGCUUUGA